CAUACUUUAAUGCUAUAGUACAGUUUAUAGCAAGAAUUGUGUAAUUUAUGAUAUACGGAGAUCUCUGAACACUGACAACAGCAUGACUUAAAGUUCCUGUUGCAUCAGAUUUAUGUAUUCCAGUUUUUUUUGACAUAAUUUGAGAAAUAAAAUAGAUAAGUUUAGAUGGGAGUGUUAAUUUCAUGUAUGAUAGUCAUAUAACAACCUAUAGUUAUUUUAGGAAGUAUGAUCAAUAAUCUCAAAUUGGUGUUGGCUUGACCUUCAUAAUAAUCAAAUUCCUCUUGGUGAUUCUCCCAAACUUGUCCCAAAGGAAAAAGAGUUUUCUAUUAUAUUCCUUAUUUUGUACUGAAUGUGUAUGAUGUGAUAUCAAGAUUUCUGUGUUUGUUUAUAUAUGUGCUGCCCUGUGUGUGGUUUUCAGGAAGCACAGUGGUUUACACACUGGUGAAUGUUUUAGGACUUAUAUUAUUAGUAAAGUUUUCUGGCCAAUUAGGACGAAGAAGAAGCAUAUGCUUCUUAAAAUUUAGAAUAAGAAAAACUACCUUUGAAAUUACAAAUGGGACUUUGAAUAAAAUAUUGCAAUGGAGCAUGCUUCUGUUUCAGUCAAUAGGUUGUGUCUUCUUUCGAACCCAAUCCCUUCCCUUACAUUCUGACCACUGUCCAUGCUCAUGUACAGCCCUUGUUUUUCUCUUCGGGCUUUUGGGUGAUGUGUCCCUCCCUCCACAUUUUUUUCUGUAAAUUUUUAAAAAUAUUUUUUUAUGUUUUAGGGUUCUUCCACAAAUCUUUUGUCAUAUUUUUCUUUUUUAUUAAUUAGCUGUUGUAACUCUUUACUUGAGUUUGCUAAUAGAACUGAUGGUAGGACACACAAACAAGAAAGUGGUGAUCGUCCAGUUUACCAUUCUUUAGAUACUUAAAAAAGUAUUUCUUUUCAGCUCAAUUAUGCAACUACGUUUUCUAUAAAGUUAAAAAUCUAAUACAAAAAUAAUGUAUGCAUGUUUUGACUAUACGUAUGUGAACAUAUAUUAUUAUAAUAUUUAUUUAUACCUCGUAUUUUCUCACCCGAAGGAGACUCAAAGUGGCUUAGCAUAAAAACAUUAGUAUAUACAAACAUGCAAACAUUAAAACAGAAUUAAAUAUAACCAAUAUUUUUAAAAUUACAGUUAAAAACCAUUAAAACAUAUUCAAAGUAAAAAAAACUACAGCACCUGGUUUUGUUAUGUUGCAAACUUAAUUGCAGUAUGUAUGUUUCCUGUCAUUGUAUAUAACCCAUAGCAGAAAGCUAUGUAUGCAUGUUUUUGGAGAAUAAGGUUGUUCAUAACAGUUGGAAUGUUCCAUGCUUUUAAUAUCUUUCGUUGAGUUACAAAAAUAUAAAAAAUCAGAAAUUCUGAAGUGAAGGCAGUACAGUCUAGAAAUAAUCAGUGUGUCUCAUGUUAGUGCAGUCUUUUUCAAAUAUGAAUGUUAGUGUAAGUAGGCCUUGUGGUAUUUUCUCUUCUUAACAGGGGUAGAAAAUGCUGGUGCAAAGUAGUUAAUAUAAAAACAAAGGCAUUUCUCACAAAUCAGGAGUUACAUUGAUAAUAUCUGCAAAGAUCCAAAUAUCUUCCCAUAUUUGGCAACUUAUACUUGAACUAAAUAAAUAAAGUUUGUAUGUUAAUGACAUGAAUGUCAGCUGUAUAAUUAUUAGUCCAUUUAGGUGAAAAUGUUAAAAUGUGUGAGUAGCUUUUUCUCAAGUUUCAAAAUGUAGAGAAGCUGUGGAAAAGUGUAGUUUGGUGUAGAAUUUAUAAAUGGAAUUGACUAGAUCACAUACAAAAGAAAGGUGAGGGUCUAAUUUUAAAAGCAAUGAAGAAGGGGAGAUGGAUGAAAAGUAUAUAGUCCUCCCUCAUCUAUAUUUUACCUCCCUGCUGCAGGGCAUCUCCUCUGAGCUGAGAUCACUUGUAAUACUGAAGUUUCAUUGAGGAGAAACUCUGUAGUGAGGCAAGCGGGAAAUCUUGCUUGGGCACAAGAUUCUGCCCCACUGAUACAGUAGUUGAAAAAUUACAAUUCAAAUAGUUGGAAGUGAUAGAUGGAGCAGGCCUUCUCAAUAAUGGAAGAGGGAAAGAGCUCAAAAAGUGGAAAUCAUGAUACAAGAAAAUCUGUCCAUACUGCCUGUGAAAAAAGCAAAGCUGUCAGAGUUGCAACCAAUCCAGUUUAUAAAACUAAUAAAAAUGACAGAUCUGGGAAAAGUUCUUCAAGUGGGAGCAGUUUAAAAAAGAAUAAACAAAAUGCUGUUUCUCCUGAAAAGUCAGGAGAAAAUAAAUCAUGUAAGACAGACAGUUGUACUCCUGGAUGUACAAAAAUGGGAUCAAGUGUUCAGGAUCAAAGUCGCAGCAAAGCAGAAAGGUUACUAAAUGUAUCGGAAACCACAGUAAAUCUACAUCAGUUAAAAAAUCAGCAUACAGAUCAGAAUCCUCCAAGCUCCUAUGUUUCAGAGAAUGGAGCCAUCACAGAAACCUUACCAAUUGCCCAAAGAGAAAGUUCAGAACUGAAAAAUCUGCCAGGAGAAGAUAUAUCCAAAAUUAACAGAUCUGGUGAUUCAGGCAAAAGCAGUGCAGAAUUGAGAGCAGUGGAACAGAAACCAGAAGAUGCAUGUAACACAAAGCCGCCUGAUUCCUCUAAAGAAACUAAUUCAGAGGCUAAAUGCUUAGAAAAUGUUGCAGUAACUGGUGAAUCAACACUAAUAACAGAACAGGAACUUGGCUUGAAACAAGCAGAAGAACGACUGGAAAGAGAUUAUAUUAUCCGUUUGGAAAAACGCUCUCCAGAGUAUGCUAAUUGCCAGUACCUAUGCAAGCUAUGCUUAGUUCACAUUGAAAAUAUCCAGGGAGCUCAUAAACAUAUUAAAGAAAAACGUCACAAAAAGAAUAUCAUGGAAAAGCAAGAAGAAAAUGAAUUACGUGCCCUCCCUCCCCCUUCCCCUGCACAAGUGGCAGCCUUAAGUUUUAUGCUGAUGGAAGCAGCAAAGGAGCAAGGAAUAUCAGAUGAUGAUUUCAAAAUCCGUCAAGAUAUUGUACGUGAUAUGGAGAAGAUAAUCCAGCAGCACUUGCCAGAAUGUACAUUGCGGAUGUAUGGAUCCUGCCUAACUAGAUUUGCUUUUAAAACCAGUGAUGUUAAUAUUGAUAUAAAAUUUCCCUCUACGAUGAGUCAUCCAGAUGUUCUGAUACAAGCACUUGAAAUUUUAAAAAACAUUGCUUGUUACUCAGAUGUGGAAUCAGAUUUCCAUGCCAAAGUUCCUGUUAUUUUUUGUAAAGAUAAUAAAAGUGGUUUAACUUGCAAAGUUAGUGCUGGAAAUGAUGUGGCCUGCCUUACGACUGACCUACUAGCUGCACUCGGCAAACUAGAACCAGUUCUUGUUCCUUUGGUGUUGGCUUUUCGCUACUGGGCUAGAUUGUGCCAUAUCGACUGUCAAGCAGAAGGUGGCAUCCCUUCAUAUUCUUUUGCCUUAAUGGUGAUAUUUUUCCUUCAACAAAGAGAACCACGAAUACUACCAUCAUAUUUAGGCAGUUGGAUUGAAGGCUUUGAUUCUAAAAAGGCUGAUGACUACCAAUUGAAAAGAAUAAAAGAUGAAAAGUUUGUAGUGUGGGAGUACAAACCCUCAAACAGUGGAGGGAAAAACGUGAGUGCUGCUGAAGGAAAAGCUAAAGGUGAACAGCACAGUGGUGACAAGAAUGCAUCAUCUGUAGAAACAGACUCCCAGCAUAAUGCAAAGGAGAAAAAUGGCAGUUCUCCCUUAGCAUUGGAAGAACCACACCAGAUAUCAUUGGGACAUCUGUGGCUAGAAUUGCUGAAGUUUUAUACACUGGAAUUUGCUUUGGAAGAAUACGUUAUCAGCAUACGGGUACAAGAACUUUUAACCAGAGAGAACAAAACCUGGCCUAAAAGGCGAAUAGCCAUUGAAGAUCCUUUUGCACUAAAAAGAAAUGUUGCACGGAGCCUGAACAGCCAAAUGGUGUUUGAGUACAUACUUGAGAGGUUCAGGACAGCGUAUAAAUAUUUUGCCUGUCCACAAAAUAAAGAUGGAAGUAAACUCAAAUCAGACACCAGGAAAAAGGAAAAGGGGAAAUUUGGUAGCAAAAAACCUGAAGAACCUGCAGCCAAUUGUUCCCUUCCACAGCAAGCCAACCCUGCAGAGAAGCAGAGUGCAGGCUGUGCAGACAAUAUACUAGAGUGUGAGUUAAAUGAGUGUAGUGAAAUGGAACCAACAUCCAGGAAACGUACGUCUGAAAACUCAAAAAGUUUGCUGGCAAAAACACCAGAAAUUCUAAAUACAAACUGUGACAGCAGAGAGGAAACUGUAUCCCUUAUUGCUAAUGAAUGCUGUGAAUUGGAACACAAAUCACUUGAGGCAAAGAAUGAUCAAGAAACUACAACUGAAGAAAAUCGUGUUUUUAGUGAACAUAGGUCCUUUGAUGCUGAUUUUGUUAGUGAACUAACUGACACUGAAAACAGACAGAAUUCAAUAAUUGAAUAUCCACAAAUAAAUAUGUGCUCAGGCACUAGCACAUCAGCUACCUCACACAACUGCCAAGCAGUAGGAGAAAUUCAAGACACUAAUGAUGAAAUCGCCACGGAAGAUAUGCAUUAUGUGUUUGAUAAAUUUAUUUUGACUUCUGGAAAGCCUCCAACAAUAGUAUGCAGUAUCUGCAAAAGAGAUGGCCAUUCCAAAAAUGAUUGCCCGGAAGAUUUUAAGAAAAUUGAUCUAAAACCACUACCGCCAAUGACAAGUAGAUUUAGAGAAAUACUUGAUCUAGUAUGUAAAAGGUGCUUUGAUGAAUUGUCGCCUCCUUUCUCAGAGCAACAAAAUCGAGAGCAAAUUUUGGCAAGUUUGGAAAGAUUUAUUCGGAAAGAAUAUAAUGACAAGGCCAGGCUGUGCCUGUUUGGCUCUUCAAAGAAUGGGUUUGGGUUCCGUGACAGUGAUCUGGAUAUUUGCAUGACACUGGAGGGCCAUGAAAAUGCAGAGAAAUUAAAUUGUAAGGAAAUCAUUGAAAAUUUGGCAAAGGUUCUUAAAAAGCAUCCAGGUUUAAGAAACAUCCUGCCUAUAACUACAGCCAAAGUGCCUAUAGUAAAAUUUGAGCACAGACGAAGUGGCUUAGAAGGAGAUAUCAGUUUAUACAAUACACUGGCGCAGCACAAUACAAGGAUGCUUGCAACAUAUGCAGCCAUUGAUCCAAGAGUGCAAUACUUAGGAUAUACAAUGAAAGUUUUUGCAAAGCGCUGUGAUAUUGGAGAUGCAUCCAGAGGGAGUCUCUCUUCAUAUGCCUAUAUUCUGAUGGUGUUAUACUUCCUACAACAAAGAGAACCACCGGUAAUACCCGUCCUUCAGGAGAUAUUUGAUGGACAACAGAUCCCUCAGAGAAUGGUUGAUGGGUGGAAUGCUUUCUUCUUUGAUGAUACUGAAGAACUGAAAAAACGACUACCUUCUCUUGGGAAAAACACAGAAUCACUGGGAGAACUCUGGUUAGGGUUACUGCGAUUUUAUACUGAAGAAUUUGACUUCAAGGAAUAUGUCAUCAGUAUUCGGCAGAAGAAGCUGUUGACUACAUUUGAAAAACAGUGGACAUCCAAAUGCAUUGCUAUCGAAGAUCCUUUUGACUUGAAUCAUAACUUGGGUGCAGGAGUUUCUAGAAAAAUGACCAAUUUCAUAAUGAAGGCAUUAAUCAAUGGGAGAAAACUAUUUGGUACUCCUUUCUAUCCAGUCUUGGGAAGAGAAGCUGAGUAUUUUUUUAACUCAAAAGUAUUGACUGAUGGAGAACUGGCACCCAAUGACAGAUGUUGCCGUGUCUGUGGCAAAAUUGGUCACUACAUGAAGGACUGCCCCAAAAGGAGGAGAUUGAAGAAAAAGGAGAAUGAGAGAGAAGAUGAAAAGGAAGUAAAGGAGGAAGACAGGGAUACUAGAGAAAAGAGAUGUUUUAUCUGUGGUGACGUGGGACAUGUUCGAAGGGACUGUCCUGAAUUCAAACAAACAAGACAAAGAAGUAAUGGCAUUCAAGCUGCUCAGUUAGUACGAAGCCUUGUCAACGCACAGCCAGUAACUGGAUCAAUUCCGCAGCAAGUGGAAAGGCCUUUGCGCACUAGGCAGCCAUCAGAAUGUUCAGAUUCGCAUCCGUCAUCUUACUCUCCUCAGCCUCAACAAUUUACCCAGAAUUCCUCUCCACCAGCCUCCAUUAACCAGACUCAGCCACAGCCAAUAGCCCCGUCUAAUCAUGUCCUGCAGCCCCAGCCGGGGACCCAGGUCCAGCUGCCUUUGUUUAACUUUGCCCAAUCUCCCCCAGGUCAGUAUCCCAACUUGCCUAACCUGGGACUGUUUCAGAUGCAUCACCACCAAAUCCAACUCCCUAACACCUCGUGGCCUGUCAUUCACUCUGCACCGGGUAAUCCUUCUCAUGCUACAAACGUUCCUUUCCCUGUGAGGGCUGGCAGCAGCAACUCACCCAAUAAUCAGAGCAGCCUAAGCUUGAAUGAUCCCAGUAUCAUCUUUGCACAGCCUGCUGCCAGGCCGGUAGGAAUCCCCAGCAAUUCUCCUGAGGGACACUGGCACAACUCUGUGACUCUAAGCUCACUGGUGAACAAUGGCACGGUGGGGAAUGCAGAUCAGGCCUUCCAAGGACAGUUUGGUAAAACGAAUCCCUCUCCGGCUGCUGCUGCUGCUCCUUGGGACCAUGGAUCCCCUGCCCAUUUUCCUCUGCUUCGAGGGACAUGGCCUUACAGUAUGUCUCCAAAUUACGUGCAGCAGGGAAAUGCCAGCUACCCACUGAACAAACCUUUCUACCCCCAAGCUGGGUUACUGAUGCAGAACAACCAGCGGUUUUCGCUUCUGUCUCAAGGCCACCCACACUUGAACGUGAAUUUUAUUCAGCAGAAAAAAUGAAGUUUGAAUAAAGGGAUGGGAAGAAAUCAGGUUAAGGAUAAAAUCUUAUUGCAACAUGUUUAGAUAAGAGAUUAUUUAAAAUUGUUUUUAACUGUAUCAUUUGUACAUAGAUAUAAAAUAUAGUUUUUACCAAUGUCACAAGAAUAAGUGAUAAAUGUCAUCUAUUUUAUUACCCUAUUUUUAAGGGGAACUGUAUUUUAUUUUAUCUUGAUAAAACUGUAAAGAGAGUUUUUAAAAUUAAGUUGUUUAUUUUCUAUUAGCUUUAUUCAUACUUUGGUUCAGACUUUAUAUCUAUUCUAAAAAGAAAUUAGAAAGGGAUUUUAUGUGUUAAAGAUUGUCAUUUCUUUACAAAGCAAUGUAGUGCCAAAAACUUUUUAAAAGGAAAAAAAUAAAUUGCAAAAUUAGAAAUCAAAAUAAAGAUACAUUUUUCUGUA